UCCUGCAGCAUCGACUCACACACUCACACACACUCUCUCUCCCCCCUCCCUCACACACACACACACACUCUCUCUCUCUCCCUUCUCUCCGCAAGCAGCGACGCAGACUCUCCAGAGCUGCUCACCACCUCCACCACCUGUCACAUCCGUCCCCACCUCCAUCUCGGCUCGCCGUCACCAUGGAGCUAGACUUUGGACAUUUUGACGAGCGGGACAAGGCGUCCCGUAACCCGCGCGGCGGGCGCCUGAACGGCCUCCCCAGCCCCACCCACAGCGCCCACUGCAGCUUCUACCGCACGCGCACCCUGCAGGCGCUCUCCAACGAGAAGAAGGCCAAGAAGGUUCGCUUCUACCGCAACGGCGACCGCUACUUCAAGGGCAUCGUGUACGCCGUGGCCAGCGACCGCUUCCGCACCUUCGACUCGCUGCUGGCCGACCUCACGCGCUCGCUCUCCGACCACAUCAACCUGCCGCAGGGCGUCCGCUUCAUCUUCUCCAUCGACGGCGUGCGCAAGAUCGACACCCUGGACGAGCUGGAGGAAGGGGAAAGCUACGUCUGCGCGUCGGAGAGCCUCUACAAGAAGGUGGACUACACGAAGAACGUCAACCCCAACUGGUCUGUGAACGUGAAGGCCUCGGCGAGCCAGAAGAGCAUGCAGGCCAAGGCCGCCGCCGACGCCCGGGAGGGGAAGGACUUCGUCCGGCCCAAGCUGGUGACGGUGAUGCGCAGCGGUGUGAAGCCGCGCAAGGCCGUGCGCAUCCUGCUCAACAAGAAGACGGCGCACUCCUUCGAGCAGGUGCUCACCGACAUCACGGAGGCCAUCAAGCUCGAGAGCGGCACGGUCAAGAGGAUCUACACGCUGGACGGGAAGCAGGUCACCUGCCUCCAGGAUUUCUUCGGCGAGGAUGACGUCUUCAUCGCUUGUGGACCGGAGAAGUUCCGCUACGCCCAGGACGACUUCUCCCUGGACCAGGACGAGUGCAGAGUGAUGAAGGUAGCCAAAGCCCAGCGGGGGUCCAUCAGGAGUCCGGGUCCCAUCCGGCGCAUCAAGUCUCCCACUGAAUCAACCAAUGGGACGGCCUCCAGCAGCCAGCUCUCCACCCCCAACAGCCCCGGCCUCAACAACAAGCAGAAGCUGUGCAUGCAGGACCUGUACCUGCCCUUGUCUCUGGAUGACGAAGACUCUCCGGGCGAGUCGAUGUAGACUCCGCCUCCUGCAGCCGACGCCCUUUUUUCCUUGGGGGGGGGGGGGGGGGGUAGUUUUUCUACGUCUGCCGCGUUUCCGCCUCUUAGUGCCGCCUGCCUCCUCUUCUCGCGGCCGCCGGGGCUGCGGCGCCAUUUGCUGCUUGAGAACAACACUAAACACUUUACUGGUUUCUUACUCUUUUUAAUCACCGGCCGAUAUUUAAAAAAAUAAAUAAUAAAUGUCCGUUCACUGACACACGGUGUAUAAAUUUUUUUCACUUUUGGUCUCAAACUGUUUCUUUUACAGAUGCACUUCUACGUUUUUUAAAAUUAAAUAUUUGGGUCACAGGAUUCCGAGCAGCAAAUGGACAUUUCUAGGGGGUGUUGGUCAGAUUCGCUCUUUUUGUAUCACUCGUGUUGGUAACCGUCUCUCCGUGUCCGGAGGUGUGAAAGGUAAACGCUUCCCCGUCAGAAGACGUCCGCCACGUCUUUCUCACCCGCUGUAAAUACCGUGUACGGCAUCGUAACAUCUCAUUGCUCCGCUUCCACGACGUCGCCGUGACACCGGGUACAGUCAGAGUAGAAAAAGAAGAAGUGCCACCGCAGAGGAAGAGGAUGAGGAGGAUGAGUGGGAUGCAGCUAAAGCCUGGGGAGGAUUACCAAAAGCCUCCUCAGGAGGAUUAUGGAACCAUGUUUGUUAAAAAUGACACUUUUUUAAAAAAACACAAGGAGGCGUCGACAGCCUUUUAUUUUGGCGGGAUUUGGCAUUUUAAGGAAGUAAAAAAGCAUCCCACGCCACCCUCUGACGACUCGGUGUUGGCGUUUCCUUUAUUUUGACCCUCUGCACAGGAAGUAGACGGCUCUAGAUGGUCGACGCCAUCUGUGUCUAAUUUUUUUUUGUUGAUUUUCACAAAGCGCAGUGCAUGAUGUUGAUGAAUGAUUAUGAAACUUAAGACGAAGAAGUUUUUUUUCUUCUAAAGGACCUAAUGGUGCAUAAAACCAAAGGAAAAAAACAUAUUAGGCUCUUUUUAAAAGGAGAACUCUCUCACAUUUUAGUAUACAGUCUAAAUCAUUCCCUUUUGGCCAGGAGGUCACGUUUUAUAGAAUAUGUGAAAUUAAAAAGAUAAAUAAAGGUUUGAAAGCCUGAAGUAUGAUGACUUUUUAGACCGAUAAUUAUAGAAAAAAGGGAAAAUAUGUGAUUUUUAAAAUUAGUUAGUAAAUAUGCUGCAGGAAGCACACCUGGAGAUUUAUGCAUGUUACUUUUUAACGCAUCACAAUAACCGUUGAGAUUAAAUCAUGAAUCGUGCCAUCUGAGUUCUAGCGGCGCUGGACAGUAGUUGGGUUUCUCCUGUGUUGUCGAGUUCUCUUGAUACAGCAACACUUUCAGUCUGUGUGGGUUUUUACAUUUUUAUUAAUUUAUAUUAAAGGUACUCGUCUAGGAUUUCUUUCUCGCUGCUCAUCCGGAGCUCUUAACGCUUUUCUUCUUGAAACUUUCUACGGCCACGUUUCCUUUUGUUUCACUUCCUGAAGUCUCAGAUCUUUGCCGGGUAUCGAGCCUGAGAAUCUCCCAAAUUUGGACGAUGCAGAAGCACAAAGCAGGGGAAAUAAUAUUUCUUUUGUAUUACAAUUUUAAAAAAUAAGAUGCACAUGUUGCAUCUUUUUGUUGUUGUUGCCAUCUAUGCAUUCGGAUUAGAGAAUAAUUCAAAUGGUUUUUUUCAGUAGGAAUUACCUUUUUUUUAUUAAGCAUAAUGAGAAAUAAACUUAAGACAACAAAAAUAUCCACUCAGUUAAUUGUUCCAUCAGUUAAUGAACCCCAGCUGAAGAGCAUCUUUCACACUAGUAAAUAAUAAUAAUUAAUAUCCACGAAUCCAACCGCAGGGACGACUCACUUCCCAUUUCUGUACAAAAAAACAACCCAAUUGUUGUCACACUGUAAAACCUUGACAUGCUAAUAAAGUUUUGUUUUUCUAGCUUCUUCCAGCGUAUGAACGACAUGUUGACCCGCCUCCUCAUCACGACAGUGGUGCCUUUUGCUUUUAUUGCGUGUCUUUUGAUAAAUGAAGUGGGACGUCGAGAUCUUUCGUUAGCCGCUGUUUGUAAAACAUUUGUAAAGUCGUGAAGCUCGAGGCUCCGUGUCACGUGACACGUGGACAUAAACCCGCUGUUCUUUCAUAUCUUCUGAUCGGAUGACUUUCUGUUCUGUUUUCCUUGGAGAUGUUCCCUCGCAGCGUCCGUGGCUUCUUGUUUCCGUGGUUCUUUCUUGUGUUCACCGGAAUCCUUUUGCAAUUAAAACUUCAGACAUUGUGUUUCA